CCCCGCCCCCCGCCGCCGCCACCGCGGUCAGCCAGCGUACCAGCGGCAGGAGCCGUUCCCCGACGGGCAGCGGGGCGCUCGGCCUCCGCGUCUGGGCUGAGCGCGGCGACGCUGCUGCCCCGAAAUCCUCGUGGAUCUUGAGUCAUAUGGAACCUCAAGGUCUUUGUGACAAUGGAAACCAAAAAAUUAAUUGGCAAACCGCUUCAACCAGCAAGACCUGUUCGUCAUCUGACUUCUCCCCCAGGAGCAGUGUUCCCUUUCAACUUUCAAAAUGAAUAUCCGUGCAACACUCAGUGCAUACAAAGUGGAGUUAGCAGAUGUAAGACGAAUGGAAUGCAAGCCUUUUCUCAAGGUCUUAAUGAACAACAGCAACAUCAGUCUCCAGUUAAAAAAGAGAGAAUUAAAUACAGCAGAGAUUUCCUGUUGAAGCUCUCAAGUGUUUCCAUCUGCAGAAAAAAACCAGACUUUCUGCCUGAUCAUCCCAUUGUACUGCAAAAACCAGAAAACAACCAAAGUUUUAAGUAGCAUUUUAAGAACAGAUGAAUUUGAAGAGAAAGAAUUAUUCAUUUUAUAGUUUGGACAUCUGCAAAUAAGGUGGAUCUAGCAACAAUAACUGUAAUGGACUGUGACAAUUAUUCUUAAUUUUGAUGGUUGACUAUUUGACUUCUCUAAAAAUGAGAAAGAGCUAUUUUAAACUAUAAAGAAUUUUCUAAUCAGUUUCAGCCUUGCAGGAGGUUUCCUGCAUAAAUUGGGAAGUUACACUGGAAAGUAGGAAUUUGGUUAGUGAAGUGGGAAGACUGUAUAUUUAUAAUUUGCGUACUACUUGCAAUUUUUUGUUUUUCAUCACUUGUAAUAAUGGAAUGGAAAUGUAAGCUGUAAAGACUCUCAAAUAUAAAAUAUUUGCUACAGUGUAUAUAUGGUACAUAAUUUCUUGUUGCUUUUAAAGUUGCUUUUGUUGUUCUGCUUCCCACUGAUUUCAUACCAGCUCAUGAAUGGAUCAUUACAGUCUCUCCAGAGGCUUAGAAUGAUUCAGAAUGUUCAAUGCAUAGUUCUCAAUGACAGGAGGGAGAAUUUUUAAUGGGUGUUUCUUUUCAGAUAUAUGAUUGGUCUCUAGGUUUUUGAUAAUAAUAUGGUCUUAAAUUCAUAAUUAAUAGCAGAGAUUGAUAAUUUGGAAACAAUGGUAGUGAAUGAAACUGAAGUUGAAAAACAGCUGCUACUUAUGUCACUAAUCAGACCAUAUGAAUAGCAGAAGUUGAGCAAUUUCAAAGUAAAACUGAUAUUUUUUUUCCAAAAGAAUUUGGACAUUUGAAAAUAAUUGACGUACAUUAAGUUUUAAUUCUAUAAUUUCUUAUAACAUAUAUGGAUGAAGAAUUUUUGAGUUUAAGCUUUUAAUUCCUAGAAAUUUUAUACAUUAAAUCUCCUGCAAUUUGUCACUCUGGAUGUUACUGUUGUUAAAAAAAAAAAAAAAAAA